AUGGAUCCCAUCGUCUGCAAUAAAUUCGCUGCAGUCGGUAUUGAACCACCACAUGUCGAUUCGCUGAAGCAGAUUAACUCCAUUUUGGCUACUGUUGGAAACUUUUCUUUUGAUGAUACAUUUCUAAGCUCUAUUCAAUACGAACAACUGUCACGACAGAUGCAAGGGAAUCAACCUCUUAUUCGACUUAUCGCUAAGAGUGGUCAGCUUUUGCUAUUGCUCAACAUGUCGUGCCAGUCUAAGAGACAGCUCUGCCAGCUACAUGCUGCCCCCUUAUAUUCUAUGUUAACAGCUUGCGAUAAGUUUCUACUUACGCAUCCGGACUCCGUGCCUCCUGCUAUCGGUCCAGUGGUUAAAUUGUUGCGCAACUGCGGAUUGUCCACUCCCAGAUUGACUUUGUAUAAAACAAAUGUGAUUUAUUCUCCGAACGCUGCUGUCUGCUUGUUAGUGGCUCUUCAUGCUACGAUGCAGCGACUCAAUGGUUAG